AUGAUUUGCUCAGAACAAGACCCACAUCCUGCUGCAGUGAAGAAGAAGCGACCCAUGCGUCCAUGCAGCUACCCGUCCCCGGCUCUGUGCUGCGUCUGUGGGCUUUGCAUCAUGCUGGCUGGGCUCAACAUCACUCUUGUGGGUGCUUUCGGCUUUGCUAAUAUGAUGCCCGCAAACAACCCGCCCAUCAUCAUCGGGCCCCUCUUCCUGCUGGUGGCGCUGUUGUUUUUUGGACUGUGUUGCAUGUUUAGUCGCAGGCCUUCCACCCAGUCUUCUCAUGCCAACACAAGACCGGACCACUGGGGAUUAAUGAGGAUGAGUGGAACCGCAUUUGAGAUAGAGACCAGCGAGCACACACUGCAGGACACCACAGCCAUUCAGAUCAGCCCGACUAACUCUCUAUGCUCUUCCCACCACUCUAGUCCCACCCACCUACCUGCUGUCAUGCUCCACCCAUCAGAGAUUGGUAACCUUCCAAAUGGAAGUCAUUCAUCCUAUCAAUUGUCACCAAGAGAAGACGAUAUGAUUCCGCUUACCAUAUAUGAUGAGAGAGAUACAUAA